AUGGCCACAUCUUACCCGUUCAAGUUUGAGAGCACAGGGUACAAAGACAUCGAAGCAAGCAAUGGUGCUACUCGCGACAUAACGCUGACCCUCAAGAACGUUCGCGGACGCAUCCCCUCACUCCAAGCCUCCCGUCUCCGUUCAAUGAUGCUCGAAGCCCACAACAGCCCUGAUAAAAUUCUCGCGCACUGCUGUUCUUAUGACGGAUUGUCUUCUCGUCUUGUUGAGGAGGCCGGAUAUCCAAUGGUAUUUCUUGCCGGAUACCCCGUGGCAAGUUCCUACGGCCUCCCUGAUACGGGAUACAUUGCUAUGGAGGAAAUGUGCCAUAAGAUUCAGGAGGCUGUUCGUCAAGUCAGUGUUCCUGUCAUGGCAGAUGGUGAUACCGGCUAUGGAAGUCCUAUGAAUGUGCGACGUACCGUGGAAUGUUACGCAGCUGCUGGAGCUGCGGGCGUGAUGAUUGAAGACCAGACGUGGCCAAAACGCUGCGGACAUACCAAAGGAAAAUCAGUGGUAUCCCGUGGUGAAGCCUUUGCUCGCAUACAGGCCGCAUGCGAUGCCCGCAACGAAGGAAAGGACAUCUUUGUCCUCGCCCGGACAGACGCUCUCAUUCUCGGAUGGGACGAAGCAAUGGCCCGUGCCAAAGAAUUCAAGCGUCUCGGGGUUGACGCAGUCUUCGUCGAAGCCCUUCCCGAUCGCGAAGCAAUGAAGGCCUGCGUCCAAGAAAUCGGUAUUCCAACGUUUGCAAAUAUCAUUGAGGGCGGAAAGACAGAGAAUCUUUCUGCUAAGGACUUGGCCGAGCUCGGAUUCUGUGCUGUUGCAUAUCCGUGGACUCUUGUUGCGGCGAAGCUCAAGAGUAUCCGGGAAGCUUUGGAGGGUUUGAAGCAUAGUAUGACUACUGGUCCACCUCCGCAGAUCCUCAGUUAUGCUGAGGUGUGUAAAGGAGUGGGUUUCAAUAGAUACUGGGACCUCGAGGAGAAGUACAAAUAUGAGGCGUAG